AUGAAGUUACCCGUCGCUGAUAGCUUCCAACUCGACCUUCGACUGAAUGCCGACGUGGCGGAAUGCAUCGGGAAACUGAUGUGGUUCGACUCGAGAAGACAGGAACGUCUGCUCGGACACUACACCGACAAAGAUCCCAGUCUACUCGAAAUGAUUGAGAUGGAAAAGUUGAGAAUGAGAAAGAAAACUGCGAAUCAUCGUCAGUUCAAUGUUUACGAAUGGACCGAUUCGGGCAUCUUCACAUCGAUCGAGUUCCUGAUCAGUCUGGACUUUAUGACGUCCGUCCAAGUCUCCGAUAAACUCAAAUUGCUACAGAAUUUCUACAUGAAAGCUUCGAUCUUCGAGUGUGCAAUGCGAACAAAGACUGAUAAGUGCGACCAGUUAAUCACCCCGGACGGCACUAUUGUUUAUCCGAAAGCACUUUUGGAGUGAGCCACGUUUUCUGACAUCUCGUCUAUCUGAACUUUUUGCAGAUCAGCCAGUAUCAGCAGGGAAAUGCUGAAUAAAACGCGGAGUCUUCUCGUGGUCAAACUCAUUGAACUUCAAGUGACCCGCGAGGAAUUCGUGCUACUCACUGCCAUUUUCUUCUGCAAUUCUGGUAACACCUAUUCUUUCGCAACACGCAGAUCAUAAGAGUUGCAGGAAUUCCAAAGCUCUCGGAGAAUGCGAAGACGAUUCUGACGACACAGCAGAAGAGCUACGCGUCGGUUCUGUUGCAGUACUGCCUCUGGUCCUAUCAACGAUCGGGACCUUCGAGAUUCGGCGAUCUGCUCUCCGUGUGCCAAGUGCUCGACACCAACUUUAACGAGAUUCAUGGUCUGAUACUCUUGUUCCAGUGCUAUAUGACUGAAAUCAAAACUAAAAAGCUGACCGAUGCAGCUUUCGAGUUGCCAAAUUGA